UUGAAAACCAAAAAGGAGAUUCACACUGUUGCGAGGCCAGCUAGUAAGCUGUUAACCUGUGUUCUAUUAAGCCUUUGGACUUUGGCUAAUCAAGAGUGCUUUCGAAGUAUCGCCGUUAGAUUUGGAGCUAAUAAACUUACUGCAGGUGCUGCAGAAAACGCUAAGGUGGGAGUCCUGAGAAACCAAACAGAAGAAUCCAUCCAGUUGUGGCUGUAAAGAGCUUUGUAUAUGUCUGUGAAGGAUUAUAGGCAAGGUGUUCCUAUGACGCCAGAGAGACAACUGUAUGACGCCUACGAGACGUCCCUAAACGCAUCCGAGACGUCCAUGUUAUGUCUCGAACGCCAGUUUAAGAACAAUAGACCAAAACAACAUGUCUUAAAGACGUUCUAAUUAGUAACAACCGGUCUCUAAAAGACGUCUGUUAGACUUUUGCAAACGUCUUUAAGGUGUCUCGAAAGUUGAGAUCGGACGUCCUAAACACAUCUUUGAGACGUCUUUGUGCUAUUUGGGUCCAGACUACACUGUCACCAUAUCUAAAGCAGGAAGCUUUUUAUAGUAUUGAUAGUUCUCUAGUCAAUGACUUCAGUGACAUAUACAAUGAUUAUAUUUUAUCUUUUUUUAUAUAUUUUAGUAUAAUUACGUGUGAUUUGAACUUGUCAGUAUUAUUUUUAUCUUUUGAAUGUGUCCGGUUUGUUUUAUUUAGUAUUAAUGCUGAGUGUUUACUUUUUGUCCAUUGGAAGUUUUUCCUUUUUGACUUAUGUGAAUGCUUUUGCAUGCCCAACAUCAUUAAAUAUCAUUAUUUUUAUUAUUAAAAUUUAAAUAAUAAAAAAUGAAUCGCG